AUGAAAGUCCUGCGGGGACACUGCGGGCCAGUGUACGGCACCAGGUUCCUCCCGGACAGCUCUGCGCUGCUCUCCUGCUCUGAAGACACGUCCAUCAGGUACUGGGACCUGGGCAGCUUCACCAAUACCGUGCGGUACCAGGGCCACGCCUACCCCGUGUGGGACCUGGACAUCAGCCCGCACAGCCUGUACUUCGCCAGCGGGUGCCACGACCGCACGGCCCGCCUCUGGUCAUUUGAUCGGGCGUAUCCUCUGCGAAUCUACGCCGGGCACGUGGCAGAUGUGGACUGCGUCAGGUUCCACCCCAAUUCAAACUAUUUAGCCACGGGCUCGACAGACAAGACAGUGCGGCUGUGGAGCACCCAGCAGGGGAACUUGGUGAGGCUCUUCACCGGCCACCACGGCACCGUGCGCUCCCUGGCCUUUUCCCCCAACGGUAAGUACCUAGUGUCUGCAGGCGAGGACCAGCGGCUGAAGCUGUGGGACCUGGCAUCCGGGACCCUCUACAAAGAGCUGCAGGGCCACACGGACAGCAUCACCAGCCUCACCUUCAGCCCGGACAGCAGCCUGAUCGCGUCAGCAUCCAUGGACAACUCAGUGCGUGUCUGGGACAUCAAGAGCACGCACAGCUGCACGCCCGCAGACGGCUCAUCCAGAGAGCUCCUGGGCGUCUUCACCCGCCAGAUGAGCAAAGUGCUGAGCGUGCAGUUCAUGGCCUGCAACCUCCUGCUGGUGACCGGAAUCACACAAGAAAAUGAGGAACCUUGA